UGGCACAGACAGCACAGAAAUCGGCGUGUGUGCAACAGCACCCCUCAAGCACAGCAAUUUAGUGGUAACGCUUCAUCAGUCCAGGCCCGGAUUUGCCUUUACCUUGAUGGGAUAACCUGCUCAGAUUUUUUAAAACGAGAAAAGGGUCCGUUGUUGUAUCGUAAAGACUCCGGCAUCUAGAGGACAUGGCAGAAGCUGAGCUACAAACCUUUACAUCUAUCAUGGACGCGCUGGUUCGCAUUAGUUCCAACAUGAAGAGCAUGGAAAAGGAGCUGCAUUGUCCAGUGUGUGAGGAGAUGGUGAAGCAGCCCAUUCUUCUGCCGUGCCAGCACAGUGUGUGUCUAAUGUGUGCGGCUGAGGUGUUGGUACAAAGAGGCUAUCCGCCCCCAGACCUUCCUCCAGAGCCCAACUCACCAGCCUCCACGCCCAAUACUCGCUCUCCACGACAGGUGCGCCGACCCAUUCCCAGGACACCCGACCGGCUGGAGCGCGUGCUCAGAACAGUGUGUGGCACAUACCCGGGCCGAAGGCGGAAGGACGCUACCACACCCCCCAUGCUGUUCCCCUGUCCUUCCUGUCAGCAGGACGUUGAGCUGGGAGAGAGGGGCCUGGCAGACUGCCUCCGUAACCUCACUCUGGAGCGCAUUGUAGAGAGGUACAGGCACACGGUAAGUCUUGGGAGCAUCGCCAUCAUGUGUGGUUUCUGUAAGCCUCCUCAGACACUGGAGGCCACGAAGGGCUGCGCUGACUGCAAGUCAAACUUCUGCAACGAGUGUUUCAAACUCUACCACCCCUGGGGAACUCCUCGAGCUCAGCAUGAACACAUUCUACCCACCAACAACUUUAGACCAAAGGUCUUAACAUGCACAGAGCAUGAGCAGGAAAAACUGCAGUGGUACUGCCGGGACUGCCAGAGGCUGCUGUGCCCACUUUGUAAACUCCGUCGUGUCCACCAUGGACACAAAGUUCUGCCCAUGGCACAGGCCUACCAGGCCCUCAAGGACAAGAUUACGAAGGAAGUCAACUUUAUCCUGGCCAACCAGGAAACAAUACAGAGUCAGAUCACUCAGCUGGAAGCUGCCAUCAAACAGAUGGAGGCUAACAGUGCAGUGGCGCUGCGGCACCUUACUCACUGCAUCCGCGAGCUGGAGAAGGCCGUAGCUGAGCGUCAGGGGACUCUGACCUUGGCCCUGGAGGGAUCCCGCAGCAGGAGGGAGGAGGCGUUGUCCAGGCAGGUCUUCGAGAGGCAGGGCCUGCUGGAGCACGCGGGACUCAUGGCCUACACCCAGGAGCUGCUCAAAGAGGCCGAUCCUCCCUGCUUCGUACAGGCUGCGAGGGUAACGCAUAACAGGCUGGUGAAGGCGAUAGAACACCUCCAGUGUUUCUCUCUUGCUGCCGAUCCCUCCUUCAGACACUUUCACCUCGAUGCAUCCAAAGAGGUCAAGCUCAUCAACAGCUUGGCGUUCAUACAAGCCCCAGUGGCUCCAGUCAUUGACACUCAGAAGACUCUCGCUUAUGACCAGCUGUUCGUGUGCUGGCGCCUGCCUCAGGAUUCAGCCCCGGCUUGGCACUUCUCCGUCGAAUACCAGCGACGAGCAGGAGGAGCCGCGGCCACGUGGGGCGGCACGAGAUCUCAGAACGCCGCUACAACGUGGCAGCGCCUAGAUGAAGUGAAAGGGACCAGUGCCGUGAUAGACCGACUGCAGAUGGACAGCGUUUACGUGCUCAGAGUGAGAGGCUGCAACAAGGCCGGCUUUGGAGAAUACAGUGAAGAGGUUUACCUCCAAACUCCACCAGCACCUGUCUUGAGUUUCUCCUUGGAUUCUCGCUGGGGUUUGCAUGCAGACCGGUUGGCACUGGGUAAAGGCCAAACCUACGCCCGCAGUGUGCCAGGACUCUCCCUCCUGCAAGCUGCUGACCGCACACUCACAUCUUGUCACUUGACUUCUGACUUGCUGGUGGCGGACUUGGCCAUCACUAAAGGCAGACACUACUGGGCAUGCUCAGUGGAGCCUAGCUCCUACCUUGUAAAGGUGGGAGUUGGACUUGAGACUAAGCUGCAAGAGUGGUUUCAUCUCCCCCAAGACAUGGCCAGCCCUCGCUGUGACCCGGACAGCGGCCAUGACAGCGGGGCAGAGGAUGGCCAGGACUCCCCUCCCUUCUGCUUCCUCACCAUGGGCAUGGGCAAGAUCCUGCUACCGAAAGGACACGGUCACACUCAGAGCCAGAACGACAGCCAGAGCCAGGGGGGGUCGCACUCCCACAGUAGCAGCCACGGUAACCUGCCUCACUUUCACACCGCUCCCCUCCCGCCCCGGCUAGGAGUGUGCCUGGACUGUGACAAAGGACGGGUCACCUUCUACGAUGCCCACUCUCUGCGUAUCUUGUGGGAGGGACAUGUGGAUUGUUCUGCUGCCGUGUGUCCAGCAUUUUGUUUCAUUGGGGGCGGGGCCCUGCAGCUGCAGGACCUUGUGGCCAACCGGAGCAUUGAGGAGCCGCCGCCGCGGAGGGUGACCAUCCAAGCACGGGCAACAAAUCUAAGUAAAUAGUCAGUUUUAGGUCACAGUUCACUCAGAGAUCAAAGCUUGUCUUGUAUUUAGAGGUAAAGGUGGUUUAUAUUCACCACGUAACGUGAGCUGAUUAUUCAUUUCCUUGAUCUUGCUAAACUUUGAUACUUGACUGAACUGUCACUCUUAAAUAUGGUUAUAGGUGUUUUUUUUAUAGAUAUGACUGUAAAUAACAGAUUUUUUUCUUUUAUUGUUGUUUUUUUGCAUUUGCACUUGACAAAUAUCUCCUAUGGCUUGGUUUCUUCAAUAUUUUCCCUGCAUUAUUUCUCCUCAAUUUAGCAGUGCGCCUUUGGACAUUGUGGCUGAAAUGACUUUAGACUAUGCAGAAUUCUGUCGACAGGGCAAUUUAAACCCCUUCAUAGCAGGUUAAGAAUCUCCAAGCAUUUCUUUGCAACGCAAGAAAAAUCUGCUUUCCCUUUACACUUUGCUUAUUUUGUCCCAGAAUGUCUGGACAACAGAAGUUGCAUGCAAGUGUAACUAGAAUUCAUAACUUGCAUAUAUGCAGAUAACCGACUGUCACCUUGUUAAAACACCUCAGGUGUACUGUACGUCUAAUUUUCUAUCUUAUUUUUUUAUGUAGCUUCAACAAUGUAAUCAUUGUGAGUACAAUGCGGAAUUAGAGAGCGUUCUUUGGUUAUGAAUGGCGAAGUUCAGCAGCCUCCGUGGGGAUCACAGGUAUUUGUGUCUGAACAGCCCCAUUAUUUUAUACUGUCACUGUUUUGCAUUUCAAAAGGACUAGUCUGUCAUUUUGGCUCGGUAAACACACUCACAGUUGCCUCUGCGGUUUUCCAGUUAUAAUGUAAAACAAAGAAAACGUGUUCUGAAUGAAUAAUGUUCUCGUUAUUUUUGGCUGACUCACAAAACACGUGAACGCAUUCGAUUGUUUGACACUUUGAUGAGAGUUAAAUAUAUCUGUGGCCUACUUGUCCAGACUGUGGUGUUUGAUGUCUGAUUGACUUUUCAUUUUUUUCUACGUCUUGUUUUUCCCCUCCUGCGAAAGGCGGCGGUGAAUCAUCUUCACCGGGACGAUUCGCAGUUUAAGUGAAUUUAGUGGGAGAGCUCAGUUACGUUUCACUGCAGUGCAAGAGUUUAUAUUGUCAGAUCCUCAGAUCGAUUGGCUCCGAGUAUAUUUUGAUACAUAGUAUGAAUUUCUUUCCCUUGUGAGUAAGUAAGUGACUUCCAUGCUGUCUGUGGUUCAGUAUAUGAUGUGUGUCCUGUCAUGAAUGACUUCUCUAGACCAGAUUCCUCUUCUAGUGUCUCAGCACAGCACCUGAAUGACUUUAGACUGUAGCGUGUCAGAGGUUCAGACUCAGCCUCGCUGGCAGAAUGUUUCUAUCGUCUAAUAAGAAAAAAAUAAUAAAAGACUAACAACUGUAAGGAGUCACUUUGUGCCAAACAUAGCACCUUGUUGCAUGUUUUUAUAUUCAUGGUAUUACAAGUAUUUUUAUUUUUUUCUCUGCUCCUGACUAUCAUAACAUUCGCUCCGUUCCCACAAUACAAGUAAGACAGAAACUUUCUUUGGCCUAAAGUUUCUUUUCGUUUCUGCUUCUCAGGCUUCAGUACUUUAAUUUUUGAACCGCAGACUCUCUUUGUUGUGGGCCACUUUUUCAUAAUCAACUGUCACUUCAUCACCAAAGUGAAAAGUCUGUUUUUGCUCGAAUGCAAGUGUCAGUUAAAUUGCUGCAUGCUAUGAAGUUGUCACAUCUUGAUUGACUGUAAACUGCAGGGCAGCACUCCAAGAGCGAUUACAAAGACAAACCCUCUUUGUUUAAGUGUCACGGAAAAACAAAUUUCUCUAACAGUGUGUGUUGCCCGCCAGCAUGUGAGGGCAAGCACGUCCUUAAUCAUUCAAGUGUGCCAGAACAGAUAAAGUGGAUCCUGAGUGCCAAGAAGCUUGAACUCUGAUCAGCCUUUGUUUUUUGUUUUGUUUUUUUUUUCGACAUCGUGCCAGGACACACCUUUGGACACCUGAUAGAGAUAUCAGACGAAAUAGCUCAGAAUUUUUAUUACAUGUAAACACAAAACAAGACGAGGUGAGCCGGUCGGACUGGUGGUGACAACGGGCCAUUGUUCCCCAGACGAAGUGACAAAAAUACAUUUUUUUCACGAAAGGAGCAAAGUAAAUGUUGUGUAACACAAGAAUGUGUGUGCAUUGUCACAGAGGUGUUGCAGUCAACACGAGAGUUGGAACUCCUUUGCUGUAGAUGCUUGCAGUAUUAAAAUGUCACCUUUAGGGGG